GUUUUGGCUUUUUAUUCAAUUUUAUUACUAAUUCAAGACGAUGACGAUUAUUCAACAGAUUGUAUUGGCUGAGAGAAAAACAAAGGGUAGUGCAAAGAAGAGCAUUAUUGGGUCACACCUUUCAAGUUUCAAAUUUCGUCUUACUUUUUGAAGGCUACGGUAUGUACUCUUUCUUCUAUUAAUGCUAUUCCCCUACGUACCUUUGUAGUGGUUUUUUUAGCUGACACCUUGAGCAACAAUAAACAUGUUUGUGUGACUGCCCUGAAAUAACAAAAUUGCAGAAAAAAGAAGGCGGCUGUUCAACAAUGCGUAAGAAAACAAGAGUCACCUGCGAUCCGGGGGGUGAGCGUUAAUUGGUGAGUGGCUUCGCAGGGUGUUUAAAACAAAAAAAAAGGAAGACCCCCAAGCUUGGUCGACUAAUCUUUUAUUCUCCCCCUGAACUAUAUAGCAACAUGGCAUCUAGAAUUAUCAGAAGCACGCCUAGAUUCGUCCCAGCAACCCGCACUUUAACCACCGCUGUUGAAAGUAAACCCGUUCUCGAAUUACCUAAAGCCACCGAGACAGCUACCGAAUUCAGUGAAGUCUUUGAAGUUCCUAAGCGUAUCACACCUACCCAUGAUAUUCCUGUAUGCAAUCUUCAAAUGAGAGGAUAUCUUCCUCAACAACUGGAUUUUUUUGCGGAUUUUGCACGUCGUGCAGCUUUCCAUAUGGGUAUGCCUUGUUCUGGCACAGUUCCAUUGCCAACCCAAACUUCACAUUGGACAGUGAUUAGAUCACCUUUUGUUCACAAAAAAUCACAAGAGAAUUUCGAAAGAAAGACACACAAGAGAUUACUUCAAAUCAAAGAUACUCACCCUGAAGUUGUAGAUAGAUGGAUUAAAUAUUUGACAAUGAAUGCACCAGCUGGUAUUGGUAUGCGUGCAACAAAGAUCGAAUUUGAGUCACUGGGAAAAAAGUAAAUCUAGAAAGAAUAAACAACAGGUUCCAUUAUAUAACCAAAUUGUGACUAUGAUGUGAGUGUAGUGUGUGUGUGAGUGAGAGUGAAUGGGUGUGUGUGAGUAAAGGCACGUGGUGUGAGAUGUCUCUUAUUUUAAAC